AUGUGGACGUUCGUGUUUUUGUUGUUGAUCAUCGUAUGUAUUCUAUAUUAUUUUUAUCGAAUACGUGUCCAAUGGUAUUUACAAUAUAAACGAAAUUUGUCGAAUCUUAAUGCUGAACAAAUCUAUCAUCAUUUAUGUUGUUUUGAAUUUCCUUUUGAAUGUUUUUAUGGUAUUAAUUUGGCAUUCUAUCGUACAUUUGUAUCACCAACAAUUUCAACAGUUUACAGACAAACAAAUACAAUUGCAGGUGAUACAGAAAAACGUGUUAAUGAUACUGAUAUAAUAAUGCAUGCAUGGGUUGAUUAUGGAAUAGAUAGUGAAGAAGCACAAGCAAGUUUCAAACACUUAAAUAAUAUUCAUGGAGUAUUCAGUACAAGAACACGUAAUGAAGAUUUUGUUUAUGUUUUAUGUUGUUUUGUUGUUGAUACAAUACGAAUGAUUGAAGUUUUUGGAUGGAGACCGUUAGAUGAUCAAGAAAAAGAAGCUUUAUUUGUCUUCUAUGCACAAGUUGGUCAAAAUAUGAAUUUAAAAGAUCUGCCAACAUCAUUAGCAGAGGUUUAUACUACUGUUGAAAAUUAUACAAAUAGUGACAUUACUGCAACAGAAACAGAAUCAGGACGAAUAUUAACUAAUGCUAUUAAUACACUUGUAAACAAAUGGUAUGGAUUUCUUUUACCAUCUUCAAUAAUCGAAGUUUUUCUCAAUGCUAUGCUCUAUAUCGUUGGUGGAGAAGUAUUUCAUCAGAAACUUGGAUUAAAACAACCAUCAUCAUUAUCUCUAUAUAUUAUACAUGCAUCAGCAACUCUUCGACGUGAUUUCAUGCAUUUUACGCCACCACGACUGACACCUCAUCGACUUUCAGACAAACUCAUGAAACAGAAAUACAUGUGUUCAGCAGUCAAAAAUAAUUUUUUGCAAGUUGGACCACCGAAAGUUAUUGCAUCGUUUGGACAACAGAAGUAA